AUGACCGUCACUCCACCCGCCCCCGCCGCAACUGCUGCGCCCGUUGCGGUUCCCCACGUCACUGAGGCCACCGAUGCCGCGCCCGCUGCCGAGGCUUCCCUCCCGCCUACUGUCGUUCCCAAGCAUGCCAAACUUGGUGGCUACGACCUGUACCGCUCAAUUGGUUCCCCCAAGUACGUCGUCGCGCCCAUGGUGGACGCGAGCGAGCUUCCGUGGCGCCUCCUGUCCAAGGCCCCCCUCGACCCCGAGCUCGCCGGGGAGCCCGAGACGAUCACCGGCAGCACUGGUCGCACGUUUAAGCGUUACAAGGGUGGAGCGCAUCUCUCGUAUACGCCUAUGAUCCACGCGCGUGUUUUCAGCGAGUCGCGCGCUGCCUCGAGGGGUGGCGACCCCCAGUUCAACCUCACGUUCGGCGAGGAGGGCAGUGAGCAGACGCUGGCGGGUAUCGAGGGUGGUGACAGGCCACUGUUUGUGCAAUUCUGUGCAAACGACCCCGACGUCCUCCUCGCUGCCGCCAAGAAGGUCGAGGACCGCUGCGAUGCGGUCGACAUCAACUUCGGUUGCCCGCAGGGUAUCGCUCGCAAGGGCCACUACGGAUCGUUCCUCCAGGACGAGUGGGACCUGGUUGCCAAGCUCAUCUCGACGCUGCACGAGAACUUGAAGUGCCCUGUGACCGCCAAGUUCCGCAUCUUCCCCGAAGUGGAGAAGACUAUUCGCUAUGCCAAGAUGAUGGAGGCUGCCGGUGCCCAGAUCCUCACCUGCCACGGCCGUACGCGCGACAUGAAGGGCCAGUUUACCGGUCUCGCCGACUGGGAACAGAUCAAGGCCGUCAAGGCUGCUGUCAACGUGCCUGUCUUCGCCAACGGCAACAUUCUCUACCGCGAGGACGUUGACCGCUGUCUCGAGUUGACCGGCGUUGACGGUGUCAUGACUGCCGAGGGCAACCUUUCCAACCCCGCGUUGUUCAUGGAUGCCGACAGCCCUCACGCUUUUACAUCGUCAAUUGCCCUUGCCAACCGCUACCUUGACAUUGUCGAUUCCCUCGAGUCGCCCACGUCGCCCAGUGCCAUCAAGUCGCACAUGUUCCGUGUCCUCCGCCCCAUUCUGGACAAGCACGACGAGCUUCGGGUCCUCAUCGGCAAGGUCGGUCUUGGCGAGCAGACGAAGCGUAUUGCCCAUUACCGCGAGUGUGUCAAGACCAUUGCCAGCUACGUCCCCGACGCCGGCACCACCGUGGCCGCACCUCCCAUUGACCCCGCCACUGGCUACCGCGAGCUCCCCAUCUGGAUUGCGCAGCCGUACAUCCGUCCCACGCCCGUGUCGUCCGAAGUCGGCGGUGUGGCCGAGUUUGAGGGCGGCGUGGCUGCUACGGACGGCGACGCUAGCGCUGGCCCUUCCCGCGCCAUGUCUCCGGCCCCGAACGCAAAGCUCCUGUCCAGCCAAGCAGCCCGUAUGGCGAUCACCAACUGCGCUGGUCCCGAGUGCAAGGAUGCCGCUGCGUCGCGCUGCUCGUCGCGCGCGUGCCUCGUGCACUGCCGCCAGAUCCGUGCCAUUGAGGGCGGCAUGGACCCCAUCGAGGCGGCCGCUCAGGCCCUGGCUGGCGGUCUCGUCGGCGUCGGCUGCGAGGCCCACGAGUCCAAGGCGGCCGAGAGGAGCAAGCGCCGUAAAGAAAAGUAUGCGUCACGCGAGGAGGCGCGCAAGGACAAGAGGAGGAAGUACCGCCAGCGCAGCAGGAGUCGCGAGAGGGAGCGUAAGGAGGCAGAGCAAGCGGAGGGAACGGCUGCGACCGAGGAGGUGCCUCACGUCGCCGCCGAGACGAACCCCGUCGAGGCCCAGGCGGCGACCGCCUAG